UUCAUCAGUUUGGCAAAGCAUGCAAAUGGCUUUCAGAGUAGCAUCGGGUCCUGUUAUAAGACGAACCAAUAUAUCUCUCUUCUCACUUCCUGCGUAUCUCACUACAAAAUCCCCCUAUUCUUCUUCUUCUUCUAAAUUUCUCCCCAAUCUAACCCCUCCUCCUCUGCUGAAUCAAAAUGGACCAAGAUAUUCAAUUAGGGCAAUUAGUGGAACAACCGUGGCACCCAACAAGGAUAUUAACGAAGAGAAAUCUCCAGAAAACUGGAAAAUUAAGAUGCUUUAUGAUGGAGAGUGUCCCCUCUGCAUGCGUGAGGUUGACAUGCUAAGAGAGAGGAAUAAAAGUUAUGGAACAAUUAAAUUCCUCGAUAUAAGUUCAGAUGAAUACCGUCCAGAGGAGAAUGAAGGCCUCGAUUAUGAGACGGUUAUGGGAAGAAUACACGGUAUACUAUCAGAUGGAACUGUGGUUACAGAUGUUGAGGCAUUUAGACGCCUUUAUGAAGCAGUUGGUUUAGGAUGGGUGUAUGCCAUUACAAAAUAUGAACCUAUUGCAACUAUUGCUGAUACUGUGUAUGGAGUAUGGGCAAAGUAUCGUCUUCAAAUAACAGGUCGACCAUCUUUAGAAGAAGUUCUGAAGGCACGAAGGAAGAAGGAGGAAAUGUGCAAGGAUAGCAAGGCUUGCAAAAUGUAGGAGUUUCAGAAUGCCCGAGCCAGCAGGUGUUCAUCAAUAGAGUCAGAUCUACUUCUACACUUGCUGAGGCUGAUAUGGUGUACAAAUGCGAAAGACCUUACAGUUGCUUUAGUCUUUUUAGCAAUUACUAUUGAAUUAUGUAUAGAAGAGCUGUUUUCUAUUGUUCUACAUAUCUGAACUUGAAGAUUAUAGCAUAUACUAGAGUAUACAGAAAUCGAUCCAAUAA